AUGCCUUCAAGCAAAGGAGAGCCCACAGAUCCCGAGCUGAGAGAGAAAGUCAAGGAAGAAGUCAAGGCCGAAGAGAAAGGCGGCGGAGCGGGCAAAUGGUCAGCAUGGAAAGCAGGUGAAAUGGCACGCAGAUAUGAAGCCCAGGGCGGUGACUACAAAGAUACCGGCGACAACAAGAACAAGGCGCAAAAGGGCGAACCGGAGAAGAAGUAA